CGGUUCACACGAACGUGGGUCAAGCCGACACGAGAGACGCGCGUUGAAGGGAGCGGAGCGUGGGGGCGAUCGCCUGCAAGCCGCGAGUUCGCCCAGAGGCCCGAUCCAUCCGGCCGGCCGGAGAGGAGAGGAGAGGGAUGCCCGGCGUUGCAGCCCGGCGAAGGUACUGUUGACCGUCACCCAACAUCCGCAGCGACAUCUCCCCGUGAGGCCUCGGAGCGAGCGGGCUGACCGACAUCCCUCCCCCCGGAUGCCCAUCGCCCAACGGGUGGGCCUUGAACCAUGGGUCAAAAGGUGACGGGGGGGAUCAAAAUGGUGGACAUGCGGGACCCGGUGUGCCGGCCGCUGAAGCAGGAGCUGCAAGGCUUGGACGACAGCAAGCCAGCUCGACUGGACCUCCUGCUGGACAUGCCCGCCGUCCCCUACGACGUCCAGCUGCUCCAUUCGUGGAACAACGACGACCGCUCCCUCAAUGUCUUUGUGAAAGAGGAAAACAGGCUGACUUUCCACCGGCAUCCGGUGGCCCAGAGUACCGAUGCCAUCCGGGGCAAAGUGGGCUACACCCGGGGGCUCCACGUCUGGCAGAUCACCUGGGCCAUGAGGCAACGGGGGACGCACGCUGUGGUGGGCGUGGCCACGGCCGAGGCUCCUCUGCACUCGGUGGGCUACACCACCCUCAUCGGGAACAACCCCGAGUCCUGGGGCUGGGACCUGGGGCGCAACCGGCUCUACCACGAUGGGAAAAACCAGGCCAGCCAGACCUACCCGGCCUUCCUGGAGACGGACGAGACCUUCAUCGUGCCAGAUGCGUUCUUGGUGGUGCUGGACAUGGACGACGGGACCCUCAGCUUCAUCGUGGACGGGCAGUACAUGGGCGUGGCCUUUCGGGGGCUGAAAGGGAAGAAACUCUACCCCGUGGUGAGCGCCGUGUGGGGCCACUGUGAAAUCCAGAUGCGAUACUUGAACGGCCUUGACCCCGAACCUUUACCGCUGAUGGACCUGUGCCGGCGUUCGGUGCGCCUGGCUUUGGGCAAGAAGCGGCUGAAUGAGAUCUCGACGCUGCCUUUGCCCAAAUCUCUCAAAAAUUAUCUUCUUUACCAAUGACCCCUUUUGAACACCGGAAGGACAAGAACUCUUGUUUUUGGAGCGAAUUGUGUUGGAUUCGUCAAGUCAAAAUCUUGGGGGUUUUCAUCCUUGCGUGUUUUUAAAGAAAUCUGUUCCACGUCCCAUCCGUGGGCCACGCCGCAAGUGGAAAAAGCUCCCUUUUCCCCAAGAUCCUAUCCCGGUGGGAAUUUUCUUCCAGAAAAGAUUCCAGCCCAAACUUUCUGCAUCCUCGUUUGAAUUCCCCCGCUUGUCCGUCAACCGCGAAAGCCGGACGGCCCCCGUGGAGUUUUGCCGAGUGGGGGAACACCUCCGCGGCUCGUCCAUGUUGGAGAUGGCACAGGUGCAGGAAUCAAGACGAUGGGCCAACCGGGAUGCAGGAAAAGGGAUGAGGCCCCACAGGAUGUGGGGGAGGAUGGCCUCAAGGAAGAAGCGAGCCACUGCUUGGGAGAUCUCCUUCCACCUGUGGCCCCUCGGCUGCACUUUUUUCCCUGCCUUCACCGCCGUGCCUUGGUGCCCACCAAAUCGCCCGGCUUCACUGCUGCAUGGCUCACCUCCCAUCUCUUGCUGGAGAAAAAUACUUGAAAUGAACAUUUGGGGUGGGGGGUGGGGAUGUUCUAAAGAUCAAUGGGGGGAAGGGGCUGGGAGGGAGUGAUGCCCUAAUCCAGCCCGUAGCAUCCCCGGGCUUAAGAAAAAAAAACCAUUUUUUCUUCAUUCGUCCUUGCCAAGGAUGGAGGAAUGGGCACGGGUGGAUUCCCCCACCACUUCUGGCUAGGGAUUUUGGAGUGGGAGGGUGCCAGAAACCUCAGGCUCCAAUGGGGGAAAGAGUGUCUUAAAAAAUGGUGGGAAGGUGUGGUUACGCCACCUAGCCCAAGUUCCAUCAUGGAUUCCUGGUUUGCGAUCGGACUACAAUCCCACUUAGCCAGGCUCAAAUUCAGUGGCUGACCCAGAAUCUUGAAUUGGGGGCGAGGGGGCUCACUCCUAAACCCCUUCCUCCACUUCCUGGGCUGGUCAGGCAUUGCAGGACGUCUCCCCCCCCCCUAGACUAGCAAAUAUCCUUGAUCCAACCAGCAGGGGAAAACAAACAAACAUUUAUUUUCGAUACUGCCUUCCAAGGGAUUUGAUUUGCACAUAUUUUAUUAACCUGAAAUGGAGGUGGGAAAAGCUUUCAGUUGGUUUUUUUUUUUUUGUCCCCCCCACAAAAG